ACGGCUGCAGCUUGACAGCGCGAGAGCUGCGCGCGAGCAGUCCGCAGAGUUUAUAUGUUUAUAUAAAUUAGAUUUAUAAGAUAUUGUGCCCCGGUGAUCUCGCUGACAGCACCGUCAUCAGCCCGUAGACGCUUCGCGACGCGAUGUUUGACGCGCAGGGACUGCUGAAACUAAAGACUGAUGUGUGAUUUGCACUCCGUUCCUGUCCGCCAACAUGGUAGACGUGGAGAAGCACUACUGUCCCCCGUCCCCACUGAACGACUCAGUGUUGGGCAGUCCCUUGUGCAGGGACUUCGUCGGUGGAAUGCAAGAUCUGCAGGACAUCUCUCAAUCUAUCGAUGAAGAUGGGCUCAGCAGCUUCGAAGUCAUAGAGAACCAUUCGUCAGGUCUGGGCUCGGGGUCGGAGAGCUCCACCGCGUUAGAUGCCCUUACUCCAGCGUCCAGCCCAUCGUCAGGUGUCUAUGGUGGCCCAGCGGGACAGGAAGAGUUCACCUCCACCUCACUGAAUCUGGAAUGCAGGGUGUGCUCGGACCGUGCGUCAGGAUACCACUACGGCGUUCACGCUUGUGAGGGAUGCAAAGGUUUCUUCCGUCGGACGAUUCGCCUUAAACUGGAGUAUGAUAAGUGUGUACGACGCUGUAAGAUCCAAAAGAAGAACCGAAACAAGUGCCAAUACUGUCGCUUUCAGAAGUGCCUCUCUGUAGGGAUGUCUCACAAUGCCAUCCGCUUUGGGCGAAUGCCACAGUCGGAGAAGCUUAGGUUGAAGGCAGAGAUCCUGACGGGAGAUCGAGUGGUGGAGGACCCUCAGCUGGCCGAUCAGAAAACUCUAGCCAAGCAGAUCUACGAGGCGUAUCUGAAGAACUUCAACAUGAACAAAUCCAAAGCACGAACCAUCCUGACGGGCAAGACCAACACGCCGCCUUUUGUCAUUCACGACAUGGAGACGCUGCAGUUGGCUGAACAGACGUUUGUGGCGAAGAUGGUGGGCACUUCCGGGGGACUGUUGGAUAAAGACGCUGAGGUCCGAAUAUUCCACUGCUGCCAGUGCACGUCAGUGGAAACGGUAACCGAACUGACGGAAUUCGCGAAGUCUGUGCCAGGAUUCUCCAAUCUGGACCUGAACGACCAGGUGACAUUAUUAAAGUAUGGCGUUCACGAGGCAUUCUUUGCCAUGUUGGCAUCUUGCAUGAAUAAAGAUGGUCUGCUGGUCGCGUAUGGUAGCGGUUUCAUCACUAGAGAGUUUCUAAAGAGCUUACGACGUCCGUUCAGCGACAUGAUGGAACCCAAGUUUCAGUUUGCGAUGAAGUUUAAUUCCCUCGAACUGGAUGAUAGUGAUCUCGCACUGUUUGUCGCUGCCAUCAUCUGUUGUGGAGAUCGGCCAGGGCUGGUGAAUGUCCCACACAUCGAACGUAUGCAGGAGAGCAUCGUUAACAUACUUCAGCUACAUCUUAAGAGCAACCAUCCCGAUAAUGACUUCCUGUUUCCUAAACUCCUACAGAAACUAGUGGACCUACGGCAACUGGUUACGGAGCACGCUCACUUAAUACAGGAAAUCAAGAAGACAGAAGACACGUCGCUGCAUCCCUUACUGCAAGAAAUUUACAGAGACAUGUACUGAGUUGAGUUUGGCAAUCUGAGGCUCUCAAACGGAAUGUAGACCAUGAACGGUUCCAUAUUCUAGUUUAUUUCUGGAAAGGUAUGGAAAAGGACAUUCUCGGAGAGGGACGUUGCUCUUAGGGGCCCUCCAAACUCUGAUCACUUUUAAGGGGCUUCAUGUGAACCACUAUUCCUGUGAUUUGGUGGGAUUCUGGACAAAAUGCAAUGAUGGUGAAAUGCAUGGAAAAGGACUUAAGGGCUCAAAUGGCAGUGUCCGUGUUUGUUGGUUUAUAGAAAAACUUAAACAAUGCCAGCUGAAACUGGACCUGUUUUUUUUUUUUUGUUUUGUUCUUUGGUAUUUUUUAAAAAUGCUUAUUGGCUUGUUUAGGCCAGAAACUGUGAAUAUAAACCCUAAAAUCAACUACUUCAUAUAGAAAUAUUGAUUUUUGUAUUUACACAGUAAAUGUUAAUAGCGAGAACUACCAGCCCACACAUUUUCAGCAAGACCACCCAAGUGACUUCGAAAAUAGAUUUAUCAUAACUAGUGAAACUGGUCAUUUUGUAUCGCUACAGGGAUUUAAACUGUUUCAAGCUUAACAUUUUUACAAACACAGAUUUGUAUUUUUUUAACCUGCUAACAUCAAGCACUGGGCAAACAUAAACAAAGAAAUUGCAUUUUGAUAUCUCAAUCAGUUUCCAGCAUCCGUAUUUCAACUAUUUAUUCUCCUACCAUAAAACUUGACCUGUCAUUAUUUGUAUAGCUCUCUAAAUCACAUACACUGUAUCCUAAUCAGGCAAAACAAGUUUCCAGCAUCAAGUAAUUUGUCAUUUCACACUGAAAGCUAAAAUGAUGUGCAAUGUGAUAAAAUCAGCGAAAACGCUAUGUGAUUCAAUAAUAUCAGCAAAAAUGCUGCGUGACACAAUAAAAUCAGCAAAAUGCUGCAUGUUAUGGAAAAAUAGGCAAAAAUGCUAUGUGAUGCAAUAAAAUCAGCAGAAAUUCGGCAGGACGCAAUAAAAUCAGCAAAAUAGCUGCAUGACGCAAUUAAAUUUCAGUAAAAAUUCUGGUGCAUGACGAAAUAAAAACACCUCGAAAUUCUGCGUGAUAUUAUCAAAUCAGCAAAAAUGCUAUGUGAUGCAAUAAUAUCAGAAGAAAUUGUGCGUGACGCAGUAUAAUCACAGCAAAAAUGCUGUGAUGCGAUAAAAACACAGUGAAAUGCCACGUGACGCAAUAAAAUCAUAGCGAAAAUUCAGUGUGAUGUGAUGAAAUCAAACCGAAAAUACUGACAUGAUUAAAAUCACACCAAAAAUGCUGCAUGACGUGAUAAAUUCACAGCCAAUCAGAACAUAUUUGAUGUUUAAUAAGCAGCUAAAUGGAGCUUGAUUUAGACCAAUGAGAUUUUACCAUGGGCGGGGCUACACAGGACAACGCGACAAAAUAUUGUGUUACGUCGCAGCUGGUUAGGACAAAAUUCAAAUGUAUUUGGACGAGAGGAUUUAUCACAUGCUGCUUAAUUGCAUCACGCCUGGUUAGGACAAGAUAUUAGCAUCACGGUAACCUGGACAUCGCGACUAUCAGUGCAACUUUCAAGCAAAAAACGCAGUGCCCAUAUUCCUAUACCUCAUGACCGAAGCCUUUGGACGUACACUUGCUCUAAUAGGUUGUGCUGUGCUCUUAAAUGAAUUAUAUGGCAAUAAAAGGGCUACAUUUUUGCUUUGCACACUGAACUCAACAGAAAAAUUGGUGAAUUUGCAUAUAUUAUAUUUAAUAUUUAUAUGUAAAGUAGACUUCAUUAAGGUCAAGUUUGAAAUAGUUCUCAAAGCUCCACACCCACAAACCCCUCUCCCGAAAAUACUCGGCCGGAAACAAAUUUUUUCCACAGAUUUCCUCUGAAAACCACCGUGCCUACUCUUGUGUGAAUAGUGAACUACAGUGAACUUUCAAACGGGUGCAUUUUCGAACUGUACUUUUCUAUAAAAAGCUAAUUGUGUACAAUUGUACCUGCAGUUAUCUACGUUAACAGAUGCAAAAACUUGAAUUUUUAGUUUUCCACAUGUCACAAGCUACCCGUCCCAAAGUUGUUAAUCGUUACGAGUGAUAACAGAUUAUCGUCACUCUUAACUUUAAGAAAUUGCUCAAAUCUUUAACUACCUUUAAUGCAAGAAAAGUUGGGAAAAAAAUAUCUUGGUCACUACUCAGGGUGUUCACACUAACAAGGAUUUUAGUUUUGAAAAUAUUUUUUUUGAUUUUCCGUUUCAGUUUAUUUUUUAUUUUUAAUUGUUCGUAAAUAGUUUUUAAAAUGUAUGUAUUUCAGUGUUUUUGUUUUCAUCCCCAGCAACACAGCACUGUAAAUAGUUUGUCAAUAUGAGUUUCGCACAAAACUAAAGAAGGUCAGAAACUUCAACAAGCCAAGUUGGUUGUUUCAUACGUCAAUCAGAUAGCCGAUCUCGUAUUUAAAAAAAUCGUAGACAUUCUCUGUAAGUUUGAGUUUUCGUUCGUAUUUUAGUGCACAUUUAUAUUGUCAGUUUAGUUUUCACUCUUUAGCAAACUCCCUUUUUUAUUUUUGGAUUAACAAAAAAAUAUAAUUUUUCACUGCUAGUUGUCUUUGCGAUAGUUUUCGCUAGCAAUAAUAGCUUUGACACUAGCAGCAUUUUAAAUCGCUAAACGUCUCUAAGUCACAGUACAUUUGGUUGCUAAUAGGUUCCUACUCAACAAGUUGACGAACUUUAUUGCACCAUAAGCAGGGCCGGACUGGCUGUCGGGAGAUUUCCCGAACAGCCGUUCAAAGUAACGGCCGCGGCACAUGGGCGGACUGGCCAUCGGGAGAACCGGGACUUUUCCCGUUAUGCAGAACGGGCCACAAAACGGGGCAGCAAUAUGCAGAAAAGGACAGCGAAACCACCCCCACCCCCCACUCAACAACUUUUGGCCCAGAUUCCCCCCCCCACCAGUUUCUAUGUAAACUCCCGGACCGAUUUCUCUUCCCAAUCUGCCUCUGACCAUAAGUGGUCGCUGUUGCUCACGUCACCGGAAUUGCUAACUCUAGUUAGCAAAAACAUUUUGUUGCUACCUUUUUUGCAAAGGGACUUUAAUGCACUUAAAGUGUCAAAUGUUUGAUUUUUAACUGGAAUUGUUAUAGCUUUGUAUCCCAUCUAUCAUCUAACUUUUGAUGAAUGCUUUGUAACGGCUCAGAUAUUGAACAAACGGCUCGGUAUUAUUGUUAUAUUAUUAUAUUGUUAAUUAAAUUGAAUCUUUUUAUACUAAAGCAAAUGUAUCUUUAUUAAUAUAUAGCAGGUAUUGUGAAAUGAAUGAGUUUUAUGCAGUUCAGUGUAAAUAUGUGGAACGAGCAACCCGGUAGCAACUUGAUUUGCCAUCUAAAGACGCUUGGGAAUUUGUGUUGCAAUUUCCACAUUCCUUUUGAUUUUCCAGUGUGGAAGACCUGUACUCCUUUCAGUGCAAAAUAUUAAAUGGAGCGGGCUGAGCUGUCCCUCGAUUUUUUUUAUGUUGUUAGAUAUUAACAAGCAAAAUGUAAUAACUUACUCCGCCUUUGUAGCAACUUUCCCUUUCUGCUGAUGUCACCAAGCCCUCUUUUUUUCCAACCACCUGCCAUAUGAAGACCACUUUUCACCAUUGAAACAAUUCCUGAUUCAUCAAAUCAAGUCCUGUCCUAAAUUUUUUUUGUCCUAUGAGAUGUUUUGGGUCCUCAGUUGAUGUACUGUACUGUGGUAGUCUUGUAAUCAACAAUGGCGAUACUAAUGAACAAACUGUAUUGAUAGUUUAGAUUAUCUAUACUGCCAUGUGACACACGUCAAGCCAAAUGGUGUAUAAAUCAGCAAAGCACUAUUAGGACAUUUUCGUAAAUUCAUAAAUGCAGUAAAAUCACGUUUAGUGUGCAUUGUUUAUAUUUUUCCUUCUUGUUUGUGAGUUUUUCUCUUUUUUUUUUUCUUCAUUUUUGUCUAGUAAUUAUUUUCAAAUCAGUUUAUAUGCUUACAAUAAUGCUGAGUGAUUUAAUGAUGGUUGUUUGAUGUGUAAAUGUGGCUGUUUUAAAACGUUUGAAUCCAUUAGAAUGCCGUGAGUCCUCGUGAAUUGUCACUUGUUAGUAUAAUCAUGUUUGGAAUGGAACACUACAAUACUACUUAAUAAAUACUGUGCAAAAUGUACUGUAGACUGCAUACUACAUUUUAAAAGUAGCAUGUGAAACAGUAUGCAUUAUGCAAUGAAAACUCUUCAAACAUUAGUAUGUUAUACUGAUGUCACAUGACCUUAUCACAUCCGGUUAUCGAAAAUAAUAAUAAUAAUAAAAAAUGGUCGCAUACAUUUUUUUUAAUUUUUUUUUGCAUUUUUUUUAUUUAUUUUUUUAUCCAAUUGUCUGCUAAAUACAUUAAUAAAUUCAAAUUAACUUAUGGCAGUCUAAUUAAAUAAUGAGUCAAGAAAGAGAUGUUAAAAUCACUGUUGUAAAAUGCAUAUUUUAGCAAAUGUAGUUGUUCAUCUGGGGAUGCAUGCACAAAAUGUGCAUAUGCACAGUAUACAUACUAUAUACUACAAAAAUAGUAAGAGUAGAAUGGUAGUAUGCUAUUCCGAACAUAACGCAUAUCUCUUCCUGAGCCUUUGAUACAGAUUGUAGAAUAUUGAAUGAACACAGAGCAGUUUGUUAUGGCACAGCUGAAUGGCAUAUUUUAAAGCAUUCAUUUUUGGAGUACUCUACAAAUAUUAUCAUAAUCCUCACUUCACAAUAUCUCCCAGAGUAAAAAGUGACAGAUGUAUGCAUCAAGUAUUAAUUUUUCUUUAUGUGUUUAAUUCAUUGAUUAAAAUGAAAUGUUAGAUUGUCAGAUUAAAAGUGACACUUUGCUUUUCUUACUAGAAGGGAUUUUAACAAUGUCAUAUCAGGGAAUUUUGUCAUGGUCUUCCCAUAGCCCUGUAGCACAGGUUAUAGUAAUGUACUGUUCUGCCUUUGUCGUUUCUAAUAAAUGCAAAAAGCUGGUUGUUACACAGAUCUGUGAGGUUUGUACUAGCUGUUGAUUAUAAGUAUAAUGAUGCACAAAAGCAUCAGUGGUGGUGUUUAUUUUCAUUUUUGUAUGUUUGAUUUGUUUAAGAUGGUUUAACAACUAGAUAAAUGUUUGAAAAAUGUAUAUAUAUAUAUAUAUAUCUAGUCCUGUCUCAGAAUAAAAGGUAUCUUUGUAAAA